AUGAUAUUCCACUUCGCCCUUAUUUGUUUCUUCGUUCGCUUUGACGCUCGCGCCGAGGAUCGGCAUCAAAGGUCUGCACAGGAAAUUGAUGGCGCUCGUUACUGCGACUUCGAUGGCACUCAAAGCAACUACAACGCGUCUGAUCUGAUACGGUGUCUUGAUCAGUUGGCCGGCAAUCUCGCUGAUCGAGAAAGCGGCAGACAGACCGGUGGAAAGAGUCAGUGGAACGGGUCAACGGGCAGGCAGAUCUCAUUCGCUGAGAUCCUCGCGAAUCUUUUUAAUGACUUCGAAACUCCACAUCAGACUACCUCCUUUCCGGCGGAUACGGCGUCUGGCUACUACCAAUCGAAUUAUCCGACGGUAUCAGGUGGAACGUUCGAUCUUCCGGCGGGAUUUCGGCUGAAUCUCUUCGAUGCCCUGUCCACGAUAUCCCGCCGCGACGAUUACAAGUGUGUACCCAGAAUACUCUGCGAAAUGGCGAGCGGGAAACUUCCCGGGCGAUCGUUAGGGAAACAAACCUCGAAUUUCUUCGACUUCGGCAGGAACGCUUUCAUGGAAUGGCUGACCAAAGUUGACGUCACAAGCUAUUCUCCUCUGCUGAACUUCGGCAGAGCGAUGAUCCUCGGUUACAGCAACAGAGGGAACUCCGUCGCUUGUUACAGCGCAUUCCCUAAAUGUCCCAGGGACGCCGGUCAAUUGGUUCAUUACUUGAAUAAUUACAACGGAGGUUUCUUUCGGCUAUUCAACAAAAUACACAUCGGAAAACGCAGACGGAUUAAUCGUGUUCGCGACCAGAGACGUGAUCAUUCAAAAAGUGAAACCGAGGGAAGAAUAAUAACUGGUUCGUUGAUAGAACCCGAAUCACCUGAAGCAUUCGGAAGUAUAAUUCAAUUUCCGUUUUAUAAGGAUUUCCGGAGUAAUAAUGAGAUCGUUUUUCCGAAUGAAAAUCAUCUAAAUUCUGAAACUACAGCGAAUGAUAUCGUGAAUUAUAUACCAGUGUCGGAAGAGAAUAUUCAGCAAGAAGAUUAUGUUCCAUUUUUCCCACAGGUUUCGUAUGGAAGUCCCGAGUCGCCGUUCAGCGCGAUGUUACUGGCGCAAAUGCCAUUUGUGGAAACAGCAUGGGGCGCCGUUCGAGCACCGACAAGUUGUCCAAUGAAUCUGCUCACGGGCAUGAGCCACCGCUUUAUGUCUCAGUUACCAGCGACGGAUUACCGUCCACAGUUGUUAUUAGACUGCGGAUUUUAUGCUUCCCGCUAUCCACGAACGUACAAAGUAACAGAAUAA